AUGGAAGACGCUGUAACUGAAGUUCCUUCACUGAAUCACAACUCAGAAGAUGAUGGAUCCAAAAGAAAAGAUCUUGAAGAAAAGGAAAAUGACAAAGACACUAAUCUUGUUGGUGGUGGUGGUGGUGGAGGAGGUGUUAUUAACAACUUUAUCUCUACUCUUAUGACACCUUUGAGUCCAAGAAUUGAGAAAUUUACUACUCCUCAAGAUGGAGGUGGAAAUGGGGUGUUUGAGAAAGAGGUUGAUAACAAUGGUGGUGGUGGAAGAAAAGGGGUUAUCAACAACCUUGUUUCUAAUCUCUUUCAUAGAAGUGAAGAAAAAGAACAAGGUGUGGUGGAAAAGGAAGAUGAAGAAAUCAAAGCUGAUGAGAAGAUUAAAAGAUUGAAGACAGAGAAUGAAGCUAAUGGUGGCGGUGGAGGUGGCGGUGGAGGUGGAGGUUUUAUUCAUGACAUUGUUUCUCAUUUGCCUACUUCAAUCCCAGAUGAUGCGGCUCCUACAGCAGAUGAGGCUGCUAUUUUGAUUAACUCUCUUGUUCGUGACUAA